AUGGUUGACUCUGUGUCUUGGACAAAAGUUAAUCUUACAGAGUUGGUGCACGCACCGUUCCACAAUCCAACAAAUGAUCCUAUGGCAUGGGCAAUUAAGAAAUUCCUGGAAGACAAAGCGAAGCAGAACUUUAAAGGCUUGAAAACAGCAUCAUCAUUCGUCAAAAAGGUCAUGGGUGUCAUUGAUCCCAACACCAACAAGACUAUGGUGAAUGUUAUGUGGCCGCCUACAAAUAAAGUGAAAAGAAUCCCUAUUACUCUGCGUAUACAUGAUGCCACUUUGAAUGAUUUACUAUAUUGGGUAUAUGAUGAGGCUGCAACGUCUGUUGUACUCAAAUUGAAAAAGGAUCAUAUUCGUCUUGUUGAUCCUAGGGAUUUGCUGAAGUUUGGAGAGCAUGACAUUCAUAUUUUAUCCAGACGUCAGCUUAUGGUGGAAAAUGAAAUGUUUUUACAACUAACGUGA